CCUGCCUCCCUCCUUCCCUCCCUCUCGCCUCGCCUCCCUUCCCUCCGUCCCCCCCGGGGGCCAUGGCCGCCUCCCGUGAUGGCCAACAGCCGCAAAAUGAUGGAUAUCGAUCCUUAUCCUUGUCUGGUCAUGUUGGUUUUGAUAGUUUACCUGAUCAACUGGUUAACAAAUCCAUCAAGCAGGGCUUCUGCUUCAACAUUCUUUGUAUCGCAGGUAUUUUAUGUGCAAAAUUUCUACCCCAACUCUUCUGUUUAACUUUAGGAGAAACUGGAACCGGGAAAUCGACCUUAAUAGACAGUCUGUUUAACACCAGAUUUGAUGACCCGGUGUCAACUCAUUUUCAGCCAAAUGUAAGACUUAGAGCCCAGACAUAUGAACUCCAGGAAAGCAAUGUUCGUUUGAAACUAACCAUUGUAAAUACCGUGGGCUUUGGUGACCAGAUAAAUAAAGAAGAUAGCUAUCAGCCAAUAGUGGAUUAUAUAGAUGCCCAAUUUGAAGCCUAUCUCCAGGAGGAACUGAAAAUUAAACGUUCUUUGUUUAGCUACCAUGAUACUCGCAUCCAUGCCUGCCUCUAUUUCAUCUCACCUACAGGCCAUUCCUUAAAAACUCUAGAUUUGUUAACCAUGAAAAGUUUAGACAGCAAGGUGAACAUUAUACCAAUUAUAAGCAAAGCAGACAGCAUUUCGAAAACAGAACUGCAGAAGUUCAAGAACAAACUCAUGAGUGAAUUAGUUAGCAACGAUGUCCAGAUAUACCAGUUUCCAACUGAUGAUGAAACCGUUUCUCAAAUUAAUACCGUCAUGAAUGGUCACUUGCCAUUUGCUGUAGUAGGAAGUACAGAAAAGGUGAAAAUUGGAAACAAAAUGGUGAAAGCUCGUCAGUACCCUUGGGGCAUCGUAGAAGUGGAAAAAGAGAACCACUGUGACUUUGUGAAGCUUCGUGAGAUGCUUAUUUGCACAAAUAUGGAAGACCUAAGAGAGCAGACUCAUGCACGCCAUUAUGAGCUGUACAGGCGCAGCAGACUGGAAGAGAUGGGCUUCAGAGACACUGGCCCUGAGAACAAACCAGUAAGUCUGCAGGAAGCCUAUGAGGCAAAGAGACACGAGUUCUACCUUGAGCUGCAAGGAAAAGAGGAGGAGAUGAGACAACAUUUUGUGCAGAGAAUGAAGGAGAAAGAAACAAUAUUGAAAGAAGCAGAGCAACAAAUACAGACUAAAUUAGAACACCUUAUGCUAAUGCAUCAGGAAGAGAAACUGAAAUUAGAGAAAAAGAAAAAAGCUCUAGAAGAUGACAUUGCCAUGUUUAAUAAGAAGAAAGCUAAUGCAGAAUUACUCCAAACACAAGCAUUUGUCUCUACUCCUGUUAGUCUGAAGAGAGACAAGGACCGCAAAAAUUCCGGCUUUGUGUAAUGCUGCUGAUAGAAGAAGCAAUAUUGAUAAUUUCUCCUGAGGAAGCCAUGAUUCACAGAGUGCUUUUGGAGCUGAAGGAGUUGCGGUUUCUUACUAAAGGAAUUGGAGAAUCUCUCUUGUUGCCACGGGCUGCAAGAGAAGUAUUUUUAAACAUGAUCCACACGCAUACAGUGUGGCAAUUACUGACAGUGUCACCGUGGACUUUAUAGGAUGUGUCUGCCUUGAGGUGCACUUACUUUACGUACGUGGCCAACCUGCAUUCAUUUUAAGUGCAUUGUCCCAAAGAAAAUGCGUAUGCCACGAAGAGUUCCAUUCAUAAUAUGAAUGCUGUAGUACAAAAGUAUUCAGUGAAUAUAUCUACUAUAACCUUUCUAAAGAAUUAUUUUCUAAAGAAUUAUUAUUUCACAUGGUUUGGUAGAUUAGUCUACUAAAUAUUAUUUAAUACAACUGCUGACAUGGUGCAACCAUUUACUGAUGUUGCUGACUGGUUUAUUUAUAGGCUUUUAUGUACAAGCACUGUCCUAUUUUUCCAAUGUAACCUUUGUAAUCAAAACUUACUGAGAUAUUUUUGCAGUGCUGCACUGUUGCAUGGUAUUUUAUCUGACAUUACUAACAAUUUGGAAAGUACCUACAACUUCUUGUUGCUUGUGACUGGUGCUCAGUUACACCAGAGAUGAAAUUUUACAAAAAACUUAAAGAGCUUCAGGUUGAAACAAGUUUCAGAUGUUUUUGUAUUUUCAGUAGUUGCAACUAAUGGGAAAUGUUCUCUGAGAGGUGAAAUUCUCUGCAGGUGUUUUGUAUGACUUCUAAAAAACAAAGCGUUCAGUUGAUAGAAAUAAAAUACCUUGCUUAAGCGCUUUUGUUGUUUA